AUGAUAUAUGAAACUCAAAAAAAUAUAAUUGAAAAUUUAGAAAAAGAUAAGAAAGAAUUAAAUGAUCUCUAUGAACAAUGUAAAAGAAAUCAUGUAGAUUAUGAUUCUAUAAAGAACCAAUUAGAAACUAUUAAAAAAAAUAAAGAUAGAUUAGAAAAAGAUAACGAAGAAUUGAAGAAUAAAAUGAAUGAAAAAGAAAAAAAGAUUGAUGAGAUAAAUAAUAAUGUUAAAGAAAUUUUUAAUAUAGUUAAAGAUUUACCUCUUACAUUAUUACAUGAAUUAGUUAAAGAGAUAGAAAAAAAUAAUUAUAAGACAGUUGAUAUCAACGAACAAAUAAAAAGACUACAACAAUUAUCUAAAUAA